AUGGACACCGAGACCGCGAACGCGCAGGAUGCACGGGUGGACGCAUUAUGGGCGACCCUUGACACGCGGAAUCAGGGGCAUCUGGGUCUCGCAGAGCUGAAGAAGGGCCUGCGAAAGCUGGAUCACCCGCUGAAAAAUGCCGAUCACAUUCUGGCGGACGUGAUGAAGUCGGUGGACACAAAUGGGGACGGACGCAUAUCCUAUAAUGAGUUUCGCACCUUCGUGCAGGAGACAGAAAGGGAGCUCCUGGCGCUCUUCAAGAGCAUUGAUAUCGACCAGAAUGGGAGAAUAUCGAGGGAAGAGCUCCAGGCCGCCUUCAGUCGCAAUGGACUGGCGGUCCCCAACCGCAAGUUGGACGUAUUCUUCUCCGAGGUGGACGUAAACAACGACGGGGCCAUAAGCUUCGAGGAAUGGCGGGACUUCCUAUUGUUCAUGCCGGCCACCGCGCCGAAUCUUCAUCAGGUGAUGAGCUACUACCAGGAAACUCACCACAUCAACCCAGAAGGCGAUGUCCUGAUCAGUGACGAUACCAUCAGCGGACUAGGUAUACAAUUUCUCAAUUAUCUCUUUGGCUCUAUCUUUCUUGUAGCAAGAACACCGCCCCUCUCUGCUUCUGCGUUUGCUGAAUCUUUCGGCUCGCUCGACAUGGCUGCGCCAAGCGAGGACGUGUUUUCUACGGCUUCGCAGACCCUCCCGCCACGUUACGAUGUCAAGGACCUCUCUGCCACCGUUGGUGCGGAGCAGAAGGCGCUCCUCCAAAACGUAGCAUCUGUGCUGAUUGGUUGUUUUCCUGAUAUAGAGUACUUCGUGGCGGGAGGGAUUGCUGGGAUUGUCUCUCGCACCUCGACCGCACCUCUCGACCGCCUGAAAGUGUACCUCAUUGCGCAGACCAGCGUCACAAAGGAAGCCGUGGAUGCUGCAAAGUCCGGCAAUGUCUUUCGAGCCGCCAUGAAUGCAUGGCGUCCGCUCGCUGGAGCUACGAAAGAGCUCUGGCAGGCUGGCGGCAUGCGCAGUCUGUACGCGGGAAAUGGAUUGAACGUUGUCAAGGUUAUGCCUGAAUCGGCUAUCAAGUUUGGUGCUUAUGAAGCCGCAAAACGAGCUUUUGCCACCCUCGAAGGCCACAGCGAUCCUUCCAUAAUUCAUUCCUGGUCCAAAUUCGUAGCAGGCGGCAUGGCAGGCAUGAUUUCACAAUUCGCCGUCUACCCUAUUGAUACUCUCAAAUUCCGCAUGCAGUGCGAAACCGUGUCCGGAGGUCUUCACGGCAACCGCCUGAUCAUCGCUACAGCAAAGAAGAUGUGGCGCCAAGGCGGUAUUGCCGCGUAUUACCGCGGUAUCGGCAUGGGCCUCGUUGGCAUCUUUCCCUACGCCGCCUUAGACUUGGGAACUUUCGAAUACCUCAAGCGCACCGUCACAAUCCGCAACGCCCGGAAACGUGGAUGCCAUGAAGAAGACGCAGCACCGGGCGGCUUCAUGACUGCAGCCAUUGGAGGCUUCUCCGGAGCAUUUGGAGCAAGUGUUGUCUAUCCAAUAAACCUACUUCGCACCCGGUUACAGAGCCAAGGGACAGUCCUCCACCCUCGAACCUAUACCGGCAUUGUAGAUGUGACGCGACAGACGAUCAAGGGCGAAGGGGCUAGGGGCUUGUUCAAGGGCCUCACGCCGAACCUGCUGAAGGUGGUUCCGGCUGUGUCCAUCACCUACGUCGUCUACGACAAGUCAAAGGCUGCGCUUGGCAUACAUUGA